GCACAGAUCGGAUGAGUUUCAAAACCAAUUCAACUCGAACACCCUUACCAAAAACUCUGCUUCGUCCUUUCUUCAUCUGCCAUUCUAUAUCCAUCGUUGUCACUGUGUUUUCUCUAAUCUCUACCCACAAAUGCACGCAACACCACCACAGAUAUCAUUCUUUGAAACUCUGAUAUUGCAUCACCUAAGCUUCCAAUCCACAAUUUCUGAGUUACCAUCAACAUUCAUAAUUUAGGACAAACUUACCGUCUUUUUUCUUUUCUCCUUUUUCUAUUUUUUUUGCUAGUGUUCGAGGUCUCAAAUCAUUGAACCUUUAUUCUGCAAUUAACCAAGCUCUCCACAUUGCUUUAGACACUGAUCCACGUUCUUAUGUUUUCGGAGAAGAUGUGAGCUUUGGUGGGGUCUUCCGUUGUACAACAGGAUUAGCAGACAAAUUUGGGAAGAAAAGGGUUUUCAAUACUCCCUUAUGUGAACAAGGUAUCGUUGGCUUUGGCAUUGGUCUAGCGGCAAUGGGAAAUCGAGCCAUAGCAGAAAUUCAGUUUGCAGAUUACAUUUUUCCUGCUUUUGAUCAGAUUGUCAACGAAGCUGCUAAAUUCAGAUACCGAAGUGGGAACCAAUUUAAUUGUGGUGGUUUAACGAUUAGAGCCCCUUAUGGAGCUGUGGGCCAUGGUGGGCAUUACCAUUCUCAAUCCCCUGAGGCUUUUUUCUGUCAUGUUCCUGGUAUCAAAGUGGUCAUCCCUCGAAGUCCCCGAGAAGCAAAAGGGCUAUUGCUGUCUUGCAUUCGAGAUCCAAAUCCUAUCGUAUUUUUUGAACCGAAGUGGCUAUAUCGUUUGGCUGUUGAAGAAGUACCAGAGGAUGAUUACAUGUUGCCACUAUCCGAGGCAGAGGUGGUUCGGCAGGGAAGUGAUAUUACACUUGUUGGAUGGGGAGCUCAAUUAUCUAUAAUGGAACAAGCCUGUCUAGAUGCUGAAAAAGAAGGAAUUUCUUGUGAACUGAUAGAUCUGAAGACAUUAAUACCUUGGGAUAAGGAAACAGUGGAGGCCUCAGUUAACAAGACAGGAAGGCUACUUAUUAGUCAUGAAGCUCCGGUAACUGGAGGUUUUGGUGCUGAAAUCUCGGCUUCCAUUGUCGAACGUUGCUUCUCGAGGUUAGAAGCCCCUGUAGCGAGAAUCUGCGGUCUAGACACCCCUUUUCCUUUGGUGUUUGAGCCCUUCUACAUGCCAACCAAGAAUAAGAUAUUGGAUGCUAUUAAAUCAACUGUCGGUUACUGAUGAGCUUCAUUACAAUCUUUCAACCAUCUAUGUGAUCUUGAAUUGCAGAUAUUGCAUGAUCAUGUUUGGGACGAAAUGGAUUUGUAUAUGCAUUGCAGACCAUGGAAUCUGGAGAUUAAAUUAAUCAUGCCUUCUCCAAAUGUAGAACAUUUUUAAAAAAUAAUAAUAAUAAAGGAAAGAAUGAAUGAAACUUGAAAAUCAAUAACCAUACAUUCGCAUAUUAGUCCCAUCCUUGUAAUUCUAUAUAUAAUAGGAUUGUAUCACAUGAAAUAUUUAAAUGAGAAUGUGAGAAUACAUG